AUGGGUCCCAAUGUGAAGGACAAUCCAAUGCCAAGUCAUGGUCCUUCAUCAGUGAACAAUAUAGAAGUUUGUCUCAAUGAACAACGUGUUAUGAAGAUAGAGGAGAUUCGGCGGUCUUUGGUUGAAAUUCAUUCUGUUUUAUGUGCUCAUGGUCUAUUCCAACAUGACCACCAGAUCUGUGGUACAUGUUCAGUCAAUUCAAGAGGUUGUAGGAAGAUUCAAGAUGAUUUGCAAGGCGUCCUUGAUCAGGGUUUGAUUCUGAUUUCUAGACAAGUGAGUUCUCCAGAAUCACAAGAACAAGAAGUGAAUGUCAUCAUUCCUUGCUUCAACAUUCCAGAGAAAGUAGAGAUAGCUUAUCAUCCGAGGGAGCCAGUGGUGAUUUGCCCUCCGGGCCCAAUGCCUUACACUUCAGAUAAAGCGGUCCCCUACCGCUAUGCAGCAACUAUUAUUGAGAACGGUAAAGAGGUCGAGAUUAAAACCUUAGCCUCAGUUACCAAUAUCGCAGCAUAUAGCCGAAUGACGCGUAGUGGCCGCGUGUUCGCUCCGCCGGUUAUCCCAAGUAGAAAUGUUGAGAAAGAUCCAGUAGUCGUGGUACCAGUGACAAGAGAAGCAGAAGGGCAAACAAGCAAUUCAACCCUUGACAAAGAAACAGAUGAACUACUCAGAAUUAUCAAGCUCAGUGACUACAAAGUGGUAGAUCAGUUGCUACAGACACCGUCAAAAAUCUCGAUCCUGUCCUUAUUAUUGAACUCAACUGUCCACAGAGAAGCACUACUGAAGGUGCUUGAUCAAGCCUUUGUAAAACAGGAUAUAACAGCAGAGCAGUUCAACAAUGUUGUAGGCAGCAUCACUUCGUGCAAUGGCUUAGGCUUUUGUGAUGAAGAACUGCCAGAAGAAGGAAAGAAUCACAACUUCGCUCUCCAUAUCUCAGCCAAUUGUCAAGGGGAUUCUUUGUCUAAUAUUCUAAUUGACACCGGUUCAUCUCUGAAUGUCAUGCCCAAGUCUACCUUGUUGAAGCUAAAGUACAAAGGGGGGCAAAUGCGGCACAGUGGAAUUAUUGUGAAAGUGUUCGAUGGAUCAAGAAAAACAGUCAUUGGAGAAGUUGAUUUGCCUAUUGGUAUUGGACCACACGUAUUCCAGAUCACUUUCCAGGUUAUGGACAUAGUGCCAGCUUAUAGCUGUCUGCUCGGACGCCCAUGGAUUCAUGAGGCGGGUUCCAUUACAUCCACGUUAGACCAAAAGUUAAAGUUUGUCAAGAAUGGGCAAAUAGUGACGGUUAAUGGGGAGCAGGCUAUGCUGAUUAGCCACCUUUCAUCGUUUAGUGUGAUAGAAGUAGACGAGACGGCUGUUCAAACUCCAUUUCAGGCCCUGACCAUCGAUGAUUACAAGAAAAGUGAAGGUUCAAUCGCGUCAUUCAAAGACGCCAAGCAGAUUGUCAAGACAGGUCCUACAGAAAUGUGGGGCAAGGUGAUAGAGUUGCCAGAAAACGUUAACCAUGCAGGAUUAGGCUUUGUUGAUGGAAAACAAGUGCAGACUUCAGUGGUGCGACCUUUCAAAGAUAUCUUUCACAGCGGUGGGUUUAUCAACAUGGUAGCAGUUGAGGAGGAUACUUUUGAGGGAAAGACAGAAGACGAAGGCCCCAGAUUUGUGACACCAGGAGUGCUACUUACCAGCGAGCCAUGA